AUGGCACUCGCUUUCGGCAAUGUUCCAUCUGGUGCGAAAGUCGCCCCAUCUCCCUUCCAAGUCCACAUCUCGGACGAGCAGAUCGAGGAGCUGCAAUUACUGUUGAAGCUGUCGAAGCUUGCGCCUCCCACGUACGAAGGCCUGCAGCAGGAUCGUAAAUAUGGCAUCACCAACGAGUGGCUCGCUACUGCCAAAGAGGCUUGGAAGCACUUCGACUGGCGAGCUGCGGAAAACCACAUUAACAGCUUCCCUCAAUUCACGUAUGAUAUUGAGGGCAUGACCAUUCACUUUGUGGCCCUGUUCUCCAAGAAGAAGGAUGCAAACCCUGUUGUUCUCGUCCAUGGCUGGCCAGGCAACUUCCUCGAGUUUCUCCCUGUGUUGUCGCUCAUUCAGGAAAGGUAUAGCCCAGAGGACCUACCAUACCAUUUCGUGAUACCCUCGCUUCCAGGGUUCACCUUCUCGUCCGGUCCUCCCUUGGACACGAACUUCACGUCGCAAGACACGGCCCGGGUCAUCAACCGGUUGAUGCUCAAUCUUGGUUUUGAGGACGGCUAUGUGGCACAAGGUGGUGACAUAGGGUCAAAGAUCAGUCGCAUCCUUGCAGUCGAUCAUGAAGCUUGCAAAGCUGUUCAUCUGAACGCCUGCUUGAUGGGCAAGCCAUCCAAUGUACCAGACUCGGCCAUCACCGAAGCAGACACGCAAAGGCUGGCCCGCGCACAGUGGUUCGCUACCUUUGGCCUGGGGUAUGCCAUAGAGCAAGGCACCCGACCCAGCACGAUUGGCAAUGUGCUAUCAACAAACCCGAUUUCUCUGCUCGCCUGGGUUGGAGAAAAGUUCCUCGACUGGGCUGAUGAGCCUGUCCCCUUGGAGACAAUCAUCGAAUCGGUGACAUUGUACUGGUUUACCGAGACACUUCCUCGAUCUAUCUACCACUAUCGGGAGAACUUCCCGCCGCCCGAGGUUAGGCAUGCGGAAGAUCCCCGAUGGUACAUCCAGAAGCCGUUUGGAUUUUCUUACUAUCCAAUGGAGCUUAUACCUACACCGCGUGCUUGGGUUGAGACCACUGGAAACCUGGUGUUUUGGAGGGCACACGAGAAGGGAGGGCAUUUUGCGGCGUUGGAAAGACCACGAGAGUUUCUUGAUGAUUUGACCGCGUUCUGUGAGCAAGUAUGGACUGGUGGAAAGUAAGCCGGUGCCAUCCUUUCCGUGGAUGGUUGACAGCAUAUCCUGUAGGGAAGAUUCAGCCCAAUAGCGAUCAUCACAAAUCAGACGCUAGGGUUUGUCUCGGAUGUAUAGUUAUAUAUCGCUCAUAGUAAAGGACUUCAUCUGAAUGGACGCUGACCUA